GGAUUCGGGUUUGCUCUUCCUUGUCCAAGAAAGUUAAUUCAUUGGACAACUAAACAUAGCGCUUAGUUAGUAAGAUCCAUGGAAUUCUUAAUUUAGAAACGACUUCACAUUUCCCUUUAAAAGGUAAACGGGAAGGUAUUUCCACAUGUUAAAGUUUAUUAGUGUUAUCAUUUGAUUUGGCCCUCUGUAUCAAAGAAGAAAAGACGGAAAAAAGAACAAAUGUAUAAGGCAGGCUGUAGACUUAACUCGCUUUAAAUUUGUCCACCAAAUAAUCUCCAUGAAUUUGAAGACAGCGAGCAGCGGUCGUUCGGAGCCUUUUGCGGCCGUGCUUUACUCGGAGCCCGUUGCUCUAGGAUUAAUAUGUAAUAUUGUUUCAGCAUAUGUUGUUGCUGUCGGAAACAUAAUUCAAGGGAAUGAAGAUAUUUCAGAGCUGGCUGUGAUCGUUGCAGGCGCCCAUUUGAUUCUGAUUGGUGGAUUCCUUCAGUUAACAUCCGGAAUAUUGAGUUUCCGUAGAAAUGAUCACCUGACAGGAACAGCCCUCACUGUUUUCGCUACACUAUGGACAUUCCAAGGCUUUGCAAAUAUUGUUAUGAAAAACAGUAGUGAUGUUACAAAAACUGCACUACCUGUUCUUGUUGCUUAUGGCACUAUCGCUUCGUCACUAUUCGUGUGUUCCUUGUUUAUUAAUUUUAUCAUACCCCCUGUUUUAGUUGCCAUGACGUUAACUCUUAUAUUUGAGUCUGUAGGUCUUUUCUACGAUUGGGGUAAGAAAACUGCUGUUGCAUUUGAACUUAUAAUCGUUCUCACGGCUAUCUAUGCAGUGCUUGUUAUAACAACAAAGGGUAUAAGUCAGAGAUAUAUCUUACCAGGCUUUGGAAAUGCGCCUAUAGACCCAUUGCUUAUAAAAAGAAAUGUAAAAGGGUCUAAUAACAAGGAAAAACGAAAGAACACUAAAUAUGCUGAACCAAUGGGGAUGGGCUACAUGGGAAGUAUCUUACCAGCCACUGUGGUAUGUUUUCUUGGUCUUGGGUACUUCGAGAAUAUGGAGGUCCCAAUCAUUGGUAUUGUUUGUGGCUCUCUCUUGCAGCUUCUGGCAAGUUAUUAUUCUUUUCUUCGAGGUGAUUUCUUUAACAGUGUUCAGUUCAUGUUUCACUUCAUAUUUUGGACGUCAAAGUCUUGCUUCUUUUAUCUUUUGUCAUCGAAUCAGAUGACAUCGACUGUAGAUUAUUACGGUUCUUGGGGAGCAGUGUUGGCUUUGGUAUUCAUAACAGUGUGUUCUUCCACCCAGCCAAUUGUUGUUUUUAUAUAUAAUUGUCUUCUAACCUUAACAUCUGUGUUAUCUGUAGAACACAUUCCUCAGUCCAUUCAGUAUUACACGUUUGGGAUUUCUGCCCUUUUGUUAUGGAUAUUCACAGUAUACAUUUCCACUGCGUUUCUUCUUAAUUCUUGCGCUGAGAAGCCUGUUUUAUUCGUUGGAUCAGAGUUAGUGUCCGAAGAACGUUUAUUCUUCUGUUGCAAGAAGAUAAUAAAAAGGGAUGAAGAAGAGAAUGAUACUACAGAAGAUGAGGAUGAAGAAAAAAGAGUUCAGAUAAUCGACACUCUAUUUUUCCUCAGCAAUAUGGUAGCAGCAAUUGCCUUGUCGCCUUUAGAAAUAGCCAAUCAGAGAGCAUCAUUGUCGUUUCUGCUGAGUGCUGGUGUUGUUGGAAAUGCUGUAAAUGCUCGUUACUCCUAUGCAAGUGCAAGUUUUUCGCGAACCUUUGUGUGUUUGACUGGAAGUGUGAUUUGGUCGGCCUGGUCAGUUUACAUAUUUCAAGUUACAGGGAUUGGUGGAGAAAGUGCAGUAGCGAUCACCAGUGUGGGCCUGUGUGUCCUCUCCCUGGUAGUGACCUUCAGCAUGCCAAGGACGUGGACAGUGCUGGUCGUCUGCCUUCUGAUUCACUCUAUUUCCAUCAUCACAAAGGUUUACAAUGCGGAAGCUCGAUAUUAUCCACUGGUAUCGUCAGUUUUAGUUGGCUUGGCUGGUCUUUAUGGAUUCAUUUUGUACCUCGGAAAAGGGAUUUCAAAUAAAAGAUUGUUUCCUGAGGGCAAACCAUUGCUAAAGAUGAGAAAACCAAAAAUGUCAAAGUUGCCUUGUCAAACAUUUCGGUCACGAAUUGCAAGUGACAUGAUUAAAGCUGCUGAAGUCCUUAAAUACGGUGACGUCAUCGGUGUUCCCACGGACACCGUGUACGCCCUCGCUGGAUCAUGUACCAAACCUGAAUCGAUCUCCAAAAUAUACCAUAUUAAAGGAAGACCGCCAGAGAAACCAAUUUGUCUCUGUAUUUCUAAUCUUGAACAGCUAAGGGCAGCCAAUCCACCCUUUAGUCCCUUGCUGUGGAGAUUCAUGGACAAAUGUUACCCGGGAGGAAUCACGUGCGUUGUCAAGAAAGGUGAUUGGCUGCAGAAUCUGGGAGUUGGGGAGGCAGUAGAAUAUGUUGGGACAGAAGAAAGUGUGGCCAUCCGGGUCCCUGACAGUUCCGUACUGUCCUACUUAGUCAGUCUGACGGGUCCGUUAUCUAUAACUUCUGCCAACCCUAGCGGGGAGCCGGACAGUACACAUCACAGUACAGUUCUCGAUACUCUGGGUGAAAAAUUAGCUGGGGUGGUGUGUGAUGAUGAGUCAAAUGAAACUGUAGCUUCCACUGUGGUCAACUGCAUGAAGAUUGAUGAAGGUGUCAUUUCUUACUUUCGAGUCGGAUGUGUCCCACAAGAGAUCGUUGAUAAACUGUUUGAUGAUGUGAAGAAAGAAAUCCAAGCGUAGAAGGGGAAAUAAAAAACAUUAUAAGUCUAAUAAGUUCGAAACAGUAUUAUUGAAAAUAAUUCA